AUGCGGAGGAUUGUAACAGAAAAGAUCACGCUCGCGGAUGGCACGGUUAUCAGCGAAGGUAGUUACACGGCUGUAAACGGUAAAAUCAUGGUGAACCGGCAAAUCUGGCCCGAAACAGAAAAGUACGACACACACCAACUUUACCGCCUGCAAUCAGAUCCUGCUACAACCAACAAAGCUCACUUGGUCUCUGCCAGUCUGGAUCACCUAGGAUUUGGCCAUGGGAAUCAAGCUUUUCCUGGCCAUUUCUUUGCUGCCAAUGAGAUCAAGAUUGCUCUAUGCCACCUUUUGCUAAAGUAUGACUCGAGGCUUGGAAGUAAUGCAAACUUGGAACCAAUCCAUUCGUUUGAUGUGUCCAUGACGAUCGACCCGACCACUAAAGUAUAA